UCCGAAUCUAAUUUUAUAGAAAAAGUGCAAAUACCGAAUGAAAAGAAGAAAAAGAAAAACGAAAUUUCGAGCGAAGCACUAAAAAACGCAACAGCAAGUCAAACACGAGAAAACGAUAGCAAGUUUGAAUCGAUAGAAGAACAGACUACAACAUCCACAAAUAAACAAACAAGCAAUAAACCAAAAAUCAUAUCCAUUAAAGGUAUUAAUCUUAUUCCUAAAAAUCUACAACAAGAGUUGAACUUUAAAAAGCAAACUCUCACCGUUCAAAUGACGAAAUUGCCGGUUUUGAAUCCGACAUCGACCGCAUUGUUACCAUAUUGUUUGCAUUGUCGACAAGAAGAACCAGAGACUGAAAAUCAACUACCGGAGAGCCAGCAGAAUCUGCAGUGAAUGAGUCACAGAAUCCACAAAUUAUAAACAAUAAUUAG